GUCCUCUUCCUGAGCCCCGUGUGGCCGGAGCGCACAUCCAGCGCCGCGGGCGUGCGCACCAGCGACCUGCUGGAGGCCUUUUGCCGGCGCGGCUGGCGGGCGGCAUACGCCUCAUCCUCCACGCCCAACGAGCACACGGCAGCGCUGCAGGCGGCGGGGGUGGCCGCCUUCCAGUGCCAGCCCAACCGUGAGAGCCAGCUGGCAGACAUUCUGGCAGCAGUGCAGCCCACGGCAGUGGUGUUUGACCGCUUCUACUCCGAGGAGGCGUACUCGUUCCGAACACGUGAGCUGGCGCCAGGGGCGAUGCGGCUGUUAGACAUGCAGGAUUUCCAUGCGCUGCGCGGCGGCCGGCAGCGGCUGGCAGAGGCGGGGGCGGCGAUGGAGGCGGUGCAGGCGUGUCGGCCCGAUGCCGUGGCCCCAGACUGCCUGCGCGAGCUGGCCGCCAUCCACCGGUCUGACCUGGUGCUGGUGUGCUCGCCUGUCGAGCUCCAGCUGCUCAUCGGCCACUACGGCGUUCCCGCCAGCAAGGUCGUUCUGGCGCCUUUCUUCGCGCCGCCCUCGCCUCACACUUCGGUGGCCGGAGCAGCCGGCCCCGACCAGGCAUGCCCCAGCCACGCAGAGCGCAAGCACUUUCUCAUGAUCGGCAACUGGCGGCACCCUCCCAACCUGGACUCUGCUCGCUGGGCAUGCUCUGAAAUCUGGCCGGCGCUGCGGGCAGCACUGCCAUCGGAGCACCGCGAUGCGCAGCUGCACAUGUAUGGAUCCUAUGCAGCAGGGGCCGCACAGCAGCUGCACCGUCCGAAGGAGGGCGUCCACAUGAAGGGGUUUGCCCCCAGCCUGGACAUCAUGCUCAGGUACCGUGUACUGCUGGCGCCACUACGGUACGGAGCAGGGCUCAAGGGCAAGGUGGUGGACAGCUGGUGGCAUGGCCUGCCCGUCGCCACAACCCCCAUUGGCGCCGAAGGCAUGACAGGCGCAGCUGCAGCACCGGCUUGGGGUGGCCUGUGCGGCGCCACCUCAGCUGGCGGCAUUGCCACAGCAGCAGCGCUGCUGUAUUCAGACCAGCGCCUGUGGCAGGUAUGCCAGCAGCGUGGUUUCGAGCUGCUGCAGAUGCUGUACGAUAGAGAUCGCAAUUUGGGGCGGGUGUUGGAGGCGGUUGCAGCGACGGCGGAGCAGCUGGAGGUCUUGCGGCAGCAGGACUUUGUCGGUCAGAUGUUGUGGCAGCAACAGCUGCGAGCCACCGACUACUUCAGCAGAUGGAUAGAGCUCAAG